UACAUUCCCAGCAGUGGACUCAUUAUUAUAAGUUGGUGGAGCCUAUACAGGAUAUGAAAAAUUCCAAAUUGCUUUAAUGGAAAUAAUUUGGAUUCAGGACAGUUGGUAAGUCAGAUCAUGUUCUUGUUUCCCACUUCUCAGGAAUCCACGUCCACUAUCCUGGUCAUGAUUUUCCUACAAAUAUAGAUGCACAUAAAAAUACUCAGAAAGCAAAUAGUGCGGCCUUAUGGAAUAAAGGACGGACAACAUUUUAUCUGAUUCCAUAAAAAAAUAUUUUGAAGUUGUGAAUAGGCGUAAACAACUUUUGUGUAGAAAAUAGAGUUGGCUAGGAGAUAGAGUUGGAUUUGGUUUAGAGAUAGAGUUCGAUUCAGUCAGGGACUUUCCAUUGGAAGUCCUAUUUAUAGAAGUCUAGCUGACUCUAUCUCUAAACCGAAUUAUCUCUUACCAAAUUGAUCUAAACUGAAUUAUUUCUUACCAAACUUAUCUAUACGGAAUCUAAACAGAUUUAUCUCUUGCUGUCCUGAAGCUUCAUGUGAUAGUCUGUUACACAUAGUUCCUGCAAAUGUUCUAUGCAAUUUAGACAAUUAUUUUGCUCAUAUGUGAUGUAGUUAUGAAGAUCUAUUGUGGGAACCGGGAUUAUGAGAUGCCACUACAAAAAUGCAAUUUAUCUGGGAAAUAUUUUGGUUAUUAGAUGCAGACCCAAAAAAGAAAGAUGAACUAAAAGCCAAGCCCACACUUGGAUUGAAGGCUUUCAUUGACAUACUCAGAUACCCAUGGAAUGAAAAGAAAAAUCUGCAUCAUGACUCUAGCUUUCUAAGAAAUAAAAUUAUUGCCCACCAGGAUGGCCCUUAUCAGGUGUACUCUGGGCCCAAGAACCCUAGCCAUGGACGUUGGCGGCUCAAUCGCGGAUGUGGUGUUGGUCUCGACAGAUCUCGAAUGUGGUGAUCUUGGUUCGGGCAGCGCAGAGCUAAAAGCUGUAAACGAUGAGGAAGUUUAUCUGGAUGCAUUAGUGAUGGUGUCACUUCGGCUACUAAGGAAGGGGUUGCCGCUCGUGAUCCGCAACCUUGGUGUGAGGUUGCUUCAGCUCGUCCUCGAACUGCUAAUUGAGAACUCCACAUGCUGCAAGGUGGGGGCCAUGGUUGAAGCCCGAGGAAGCUCCAUAUUGAAGAACGAGUUUUGCUCCCAUGCGGGUCCCUGGCGUGACGAGGCAGGGCCGGAGAUGGUUGAUGAAGAACUCCAUUCGUCUUGUGUUGAUGAUGACAUCAGUGGCCUAGGGUCGAAGGAGCACGUAGAUGAUUGCUACCAUUGAUGUAGGUGAAAGAGGUAGACUCGGCGAUGAGCGUGAUGAAGACAUGGAUCAUGACGACGUCGUGUUUUGUGCUGGAGAUGUCGUUGAAAUCCACGUACAUCGCUGUUGUAUCUAUUGUUGAAUUCUUGCAAGACAGAGUUAAUGUGUACCUUGUGGAUGUUGAUAUU